AUGGCAGAGAAAAACGAGCUCGUCCGCUCCCAUGGGAUCUUUCAUGCACUCCCGACCUACCCAGACGCGCCCGAAUAUCAGAAUCUCACGGCUAUAGUCACAGGGGCCAACGGCAUCUCAGGUUAUCACAUGGUAAAGGUGCUCUCUGCGGCGCCGGAACGCUGGAGCAAGAUCUACUGCCUAUCCCGCAGGCCGCCUCCGGAUUACUUCUUCGAUGAUCUCGGCGAGGGUGCCAAGCGCGUCGAGCACGUCGAGGUGGAUUUCUUGGACACAUCGAGCAUCGUUGGAAAGGCCCUGAAGGCCAAAGUACAGAAGGUCGAUCACGUCUUCUUCUUCUCCUUCGCCACAACCAAGCAGGAAGGCCAAGUGCUCGGUAUGUGGUCCGAUGCCGAUGCUUUGGCGAAACUCAAUACCGAUCUAAUCGUCAACUUCGCCAACGGCCUGAAGGAAGCGGGCCUCAAGCCGAAGCGCUUCCUUCUGCAGACCGGAGCCAAGCACUAUGGUUUCCAUAUAGGCCCAGCUACCAACCCGUCGUUCGAGACCGAUCCGCGCGUGACGCUGGAGAACAAUUUCUACUACCCACAGGAGGAUGCGCUCGCCGCAUACUGCAAGGAAGCGGGGGCGCAGUGGAAUGUGGUCCGGCCAUCGUACAUUAUCGGCGCCGUCCGGGAUAAUCUGCUCAAUCACAUGGUGGGAUUUGCCGUCUAUGGCGCAGUGCAGGCUCAUCUCGGUGAGCCACUAGCCUUCCCCGGCGACUAUCUGGCUUGGGACAGGGAGUAUUGUCAGAGUACGGCGAUGCUGAACGCUUACCUUGAGGAAUGGGCGGUGCUGAGCCCAGGAACCGGAAAUCAAGCGUUCAAUGCACAAGAUGGCACGCCUUUCACCUGGUCCCGCUUCUGGCCGUACUUGGCUUCGUGGUAUGGGACGGAUUGGACGCCGCCGGAGGACAACCCUCUCAAGUACCGUACAACUGAGUCGCGGUGGACCCAGACGCCUCGAGGAUACGGGCCGCGAGGAGUAGUACGCUCCACUUUCUCCUUAUGCGAGUGGGCAACGAGCCCAAAAGUGCAGCAGGCUUGGAAGGAGCUGGCUCAGGAACAUGGCCUCCUCCUGGAACCUUUCGAGGACAUUGGGAAGACCUUUGGCAUAACGGAUUCUGCAAUCAUUGGAGGAUGGGCGCUGUCGCUCAGCACUCGGAAGGUGAGGAAGAUGGGGUUUUAUGGCUCGGUCGACUCUUAUGAGUCCAUGUUUGAAUGUCUCCAGGGCCUCGUAAGACUCAAGGUCUCGCCUCCAUUGACUGCCAAGGAGUUUGUGGAAGUGGUCCAAUAG